UCUUUCCUCAUUUCUCGACUUUCCCAAAAUUUUCUUUCUUUCCUCAGUUUUCUCUUCUAAGAAAGCCUUACUCAGUUCGCAGAGCCUCAAACCUCUUCUAAUCACUUACCUAAUGGCAAAAAUCUUAAACAUCGUCUAAUCACCCAGUUCUCAAGCUGCUGCAAAAAUCUGAACUCUUCCCCGAGUUCUGCUCUUGGGCAACCGGUUAGAUUUCGUGACCUGGCGUUGUGUGUUUGGUCGAGGACAAAGAUGGGUGUCUUAGAUUGUGAUUUCUAAUCAUAUAUUCAGCUACACUUUUUCAACCCUUGGAGAUAUCAACAUUGACAGUUCAGUACUAGCUAGAGUUGGUAGCAGAGCAGCUUUGUAUGCAAUGAAGUAUUAAAUGAUCUGCUUUUCAUGAAAUGCAUUUAGCACAAUCCUAGGGCCUUUUAUGAUGGAGCGCGAAAGUUUGUUACUAGUAUUCAUGCAAGUAAGGGGUACCCGAAGAGGAUCCAAUGCCCUUGUAGUGGCUAUAUAAAUAUCUGGUCCCAUCCACCUAAUGAAGUUUUAGAUCACUUGGUCUCAAAUGGGUUAUAUGAAAGUUAUAGUAACUGUACUUUUCAUAGGGAUGAGCCGAACACUUCUGUACAACAAGAAAUGGUGGAUAACAUGGAGAAUUUAGAGACAUAUAGAAUGUACAGAGAUGCAUAUUUAGAUGAUGAAUUUAUGGAACCUGCCCCUGAACCAAUAGAGCCUAAUGUUGCAAAUUUAGUUUCCGAAGCAGAACUUCCUUUAUACACAGGUUAUCAUUCCUCAAAGAUGUCAGCAACAAUAAUGUUUUACAAGUUUAAGGCAAGGAAUAGUUUAUCUGAUAGUGGCUACGAUGAACUUCUAGAGAUGGUUCGUAGUCUUCUACCUCCAGAUAACAUACUUCCUAGUUCUCUAUAUUCAACAAAAAAAAUUACUCAAAGCAUUUGAUCUAGGGUAUGAGAAGAUUCAUGCGUGUGUUAAUGAUUGUUGUUUAUUUAGAAAGAGUCUAGAGCACACAGAGACUUGUCCUAAAUGUGGUGCCUCUCGGUGGAAAGUAAAUAAGCGCACCCAAAAGAUUGAGAAAGGAGUCCCUGCAAAGGUCUUGAGAUAUUUUCCUAUAUUCCCUAGAUUUAGGAGAAUGUUUAAGGAUUCUGAAAAGGCAGAACAGCUUACAUGGCAUCACACUCAUAAAAGUCAAGAUGGCAAGAUGCGUCAUCUAGUUGACUCACUUGCAUGGAAGCAGAUUGAUAGCAAGUGGCCUUCAUUUGCAGAAGAUCCUAGUAAUCUUAGACUUGGUCUUUCAUCCAACGGAUUUAAUCUGUUUGGUGAUCUUAGUUCCCGAUAUAGUUGUUGGCCUGUGAUCUUGGUUGCAUAUAACCUCCCUCAAUCGUUAUGAAUGUCCAAGGAACAUUUAAUGUUGACAUUACUAAUCCCCGGUCCUAAGCAACCGGGAAAUGACAUUGAUGUGUACUUGGAACCCCUUAUCGAAGAUUUAAAAGAGUUAUGGGUCAAUGGGGUUACUGCAUAUGAUGCAUUCACCAAGUCUACCUUCAACUUGAAAGCUAUAAUGAUGUGGACAAUAAACGAUUUUCCUGCUUACGGGAAUUUGUCAGGAUAUUCCACAAAGGGAAAGAAAGUGUGUCCAGUAUGUGGUGUUCAAACAUCCUCUCAAUGGCUGCCAAAUGGAAGAAAGCAUGCACAUAUGUGCCAUAGGAGAUUUCUUGCACAUGAUCAUCCAUAUCGGCAUAACAAAACUUGGUUUAAUGGAACUGAGGAACAUAGAGUGAGGCCUAGAAAACUAACUGGUUCAGAGGUAUUUCAAGUGGUGAAGAAUAUUAACAAUAAUUAGGGUAAGGAGGCUGAGUGUUGCACAAGAAAAAAGAAAAAAAAGGUUGGCAGCAGUAACAAUAGAAAAAGGAGAAGAACUGAAGGUAUAAAAAGUUCAGUCAAUCAAAUGGAGGAUGAUUCCUACGAUAAUUCAGAUGAUGAUGGUGAUGAUGACAGUGAGGAUCCUUUAAAGCCUUCGAAGAGAUGGAAGAAGAAAUCAGUGUUUUUUGAGUUACCAUAUUGGGAGACUUUGUUAUUGCUACACAAUUUAGAUGUGAUGCACAUUGAAAAAAAAUAUAUGUGAGAGCAUCAUUGGCACUUUACUUAACAUGAAGGGAAAGACAAAGGAUAACUUGAAUUGUCGGAAAGAUUUAAAAGUGAUGGGUAUUAAAAAGAAAUUGCACCCAAAAGAAAAUGGUUCCAGCAACACUAAAAGUGAUGCAGCACCUUACGUGCUUUCAAAGAAGGAGAAGAAGAUAUUUUGUAAGAGGUUAGCCAAGUUAAGAUUGCCAGAUGGGUAUUGUUCCAAUCUUGCAAAUCGUGUCUCUUUACAAGACAACAAGAUCAUGGGUUUGAAGUCACACGAUUGCCACGUUUUGAUACAACAGAUUCUUGCAGUAGCUUUAAAAGGACUUCUGCCUAAAGGACUAAGAAUUGCAAUUUUUCGCAUGUGUUCUUUUUUCCAUCAGUUGUGUCAGAGAGAGAUUGAGAAGAAAACUAUAGGUGUUCUUGAUGAAGAAAUUGCAGAAACUAUGUGUAUGUUUGAAAGGUUUUUUCCUCCAUCUUUAUUUGACAUUAUGGUUCACCUACCGAUUCACCUUGCACAAGAAGCUAUAAUUGGUGGCCCUGUACAUUAUCGUUGGAUGUACCCCUUCGAAAGGUUUAUGAAGGACCUAAAAGGAUAUGUCAAAAAUCGAUUAAACCCUGAAGGAUGCAUUGCAGAAAAGUAUUUGGCUGAAGAGAUGACACGUUUUUGUAGUGGAUACAUUAAAGGAGCAGCUGAAAUAGGUGUUCAAACUAGACGCAAUGAGGAUUUUGAGCAUGAAACAAUACUAGAAGGGCGACCACUUGGUGAGGGGAAGCUAAAAGUGUUCAGUUCUUCCAUGCUAGAGAUUGCUCAUCGAUUUGUGUGGACAAAUAGUUCAGAAGUUGAUCCAUGGAGAGAACUACACAGGGAAGAACUAAAGUGUUCUGAUACACGUCUUGAACAAGAUGAAAACCUUCUUGAACAGAGACAUCUUAGUACUUUUAGUGAAUGGUUAGCUGAUAAGGUUAAAUUUGGUGAUUCUAGAGAUAUGUCAGAAACGGUGAAAUGGAUUGCUUGUCGGCCAAAAGCAGAUGUGGUAUCACAUACAAGCUUCAUUAUCAAUGGAAAUUGAUUUCAGACUGAGGACAGUGAGAAGAGCACACAAAAUAGUGGUGUUUUUGUUGAAGCAGACACUAUGUGUCGAGCAAGUGCAAAUGAUAAUUUACAAAAGAUGGACAGAGUCUCCUACUAUGGUGUUAUAAGAGAUAUAGUUCUGCUAGACUAUCGUCAAUUUCAGGUCCCCUUAUUUGAUUGUUAUUGGGCUAACAUAGGGACCAGUAUCAAAUUGGAAGAUGGUUUUACAUUAGUGAACUUCCACAAGGGGCAGCAUCAGUUUGAUAGAGAUCCAUUUAUUUUUGCUUCCCAAGCGAAACAGGUUUUUUAUUCAAGAUAGAGUGACACAUCGAAUUGGCAUGUUGUACUCAGAGCACCGCCAAGAGGCUUUUUUGAGAAUGAUAGUGUUGAUGAAAGUGCUUACAUGCCAGUAGAUGUAUCACAGCUAUACCUUGACGUUGAGGAUGAAGAAUGUGAUAGAUAUAAUAAUGAGGAAAUCAAUUCGAGUGACGGUGACUGAAUAACUCAAAUUCAACUGAAGCAUUGAUAUAAUCUAUCAGCACAGCAAUCUAAGGAACAUAUUCUGCUGAUCUUAUAAAGUAUGGAUGGAGGAGAGACUUCAAAACUAGGUGGAAAGAGAGCCAAAAAGCAGGAAAAAGCUGCAAGAGCAGCUGCUGUUGUUGCAGCCAGGGAAGAAAGGAAUGAAUCUUUGAGAAUCUCUAAUGGAAGUUCAAAUUCAACCCCUGCAGAAGAUGAUAUUCUAGAAGGCCAAGCUACAUCAAACCCAGAAAAGAAAAAAAUUCCACCUCGGGGUAAAGCCAAAUUAUUGGAUAUUGGCAAAAAAAAAAAAAAAAAAAGUCCUAUUCUAGUUGAAUUCAAUGAAAGAGGCCAGCCUAUUAGACAAAAUGCAGCUCUCUUCUCCUCUUUCAUUGGAGCCUCAGCAAGAGAGCUAAUACCAAUGACUGCUGCAACUUGGAAAGAUCUAUCUGCUACUUUCAAAGAUCAGAUUUGGAUAGACAUCACAACAAGUUUCAUUGUUGAUGAAUUCUACAAGAAGCAUAUUUUUCGAAAAAUGAUGAAGCUUUGGCGAGAUCAUAGAUCGUUAGUGAUAAAACAAGUGGAAGAGCAAGCCAAAGUUGUUGGUUUACAACGUGCUGCUGCCCUUCUCAAGCCUAACAACAUAGAAUCCAUGGAUGAGUGGUUAGCUUUUAUUAAAAACAGAACUAGUGCAGGAUUUAAGGAGAAGUGUGAAAAAUUCAAGAGAAUGCGGGCAAGAAGAACUUUACCACACAGAACAAGUAGGAAAAGUUUCGCGCGGCUUGAAGAAGAAUUGAGGGAACAAAGUGAAAAUCCCGAUGCGAUAUCAAGGUCUGAUAUAUGGAUACAUGCUUAUGAAGCAAAGAAGAAGAAGGGUUCAGAGGAAGUAGUUGAGGAUCCGGAAAUAGUGAAACAAGUGAAGCAGAAAAGGGUAGAGCAAGAACCCUCACAAACACCUUCUUUGAAAGAUGAUGCUGUAGCACAAGUUCUAGGUCCUGAUCCACGAGGACGGGUAAGAGGUUUAAGAUUUGGAGCAGUCCCUUCAAAGUUAGAAUAUCAAACCAAAGUUGGAAGCAAAGUUGCUAACUUAGAGAAACAAGUGUUCAAUCAAGCACAAAAUAUGCUUUCUCAAUCACAAGAGAUUGAACGAUUGAAAGAAGUGGUUGCCACUCUUUUAGCAAGAUCAGAGAAAGAAAGGAAUAACCAUCAGGUUAGUAACAGUGUUCAGCAUUCUGCUAAUAAGUUUGCACUACGAACGCAAAAUGAAAAUCCAAGUGUUCAACAUCAUAGCAGUGUUGGAAUACAAAGCAAACACAAUAUUACUAGUGUUCGAGGUUAUGAAAGUGGGAGGCCACAAAGCAAGCAGAGCAACCAAAAGAAAACUUCAAGUAUUCAACAUUCUGCUGGUGAUGGGUCGCAAAGCAAAGACAAGGAAGGUAAAAGGACCAAAGUUACAAAGGAUGAUUAGAAUAGAAUCGAAUUGUUAAGUUGGUUUGAGAUGGAAGAACAAGUUGUUGCAAUUGCAAAACUAGAGUCAAAAGAUCCAAAUGUAAAAGUCCAUCAUGUGCCCCUUGGUCAUGAAUGCUGGAAAGUUUGGGUGCUUGAUGUUUUUGAGGAUAUAGCUUUAUAUCGACCAACUUGGGAGUUUGGAACACUGAGUAUGGCUCAAGGAAGUACAGUUGCAUGGCCUAUCAAGUACAUCAAACAAGUUUAGUUUAUAAACUUUUAGCAGGUACUGCCAAAUUUUGAGGUGUAUGCGGAUUAUUGCCUUAUGUUGCUAUUGUUGGUAACUUGGUUGAACUGAUUGGGACAUGCAUUUUUGCAGUUGGCUAAUGGUGCUUGAAAGCUUGCAAUUACCCUGCAAUAUAUUUUUGAACUGUAAUAUGUUACUUUUAAACUCAAGUUUGUAGGGACAUGCAAAUGCAAUUGUUUUGUAGUUUAGUUGCAUAUGGCAUGGAGCCAAGUUUGUACAGACACCCUAUUUCAAUUGAUGGAAUAUAUAUUUGAUAUAUCAUAUAAGUUAAUUCAUA